GCUUUUCGAUGAUUUCUGAUCAUGAAAAUCACUAUAACAAGAUUAGUACUACCAUUUAGUUGUUUGAUUCUCUGAGUUUGCAGCAGACUUUUCUUCUUCUCAUGUCAGCAUCCUUCAGCUAUGAUGUGUUCCUCAGCUUCAGAGGUUCUGAUACUCGCUACGGUUUCACUGGCAAUCUCUACAAAGCUCUUUGUGACAAGGGAAUCCAUGUCUUUAUUGAUGAUGAGGAGCUUCAAAGAGGGGAUGAAAUCAGAGAAGCACUUAUCGAGGCCAUUAAACAGUCUAGGAUGGCCAUAGUUGUGUUCUCCAUGAACUAUGCAUCUUCUUCCUUUUGCUUAGAUGAACUUGUCAAGAUCAUUGACUGUGUUAAGGAAAAGGGUCGUCUGAUUUUGCCCAUUUUCUACGACGUCCGCCCUUCUCAUGUUCGAGGCCUGUCUGGGAGUUAUGCAGAAGCUCUGGCCAUGCACCAGGAAAGGUUCAAAAGCAGCAACCAAAGCCUCAAUGAUAACAUGGGCAGGUUGCAGAAAUGGAAGAUGGCUCUUAACCAAGCAGCUAAUGUGUCCGGCAAGCAUUACAAACUUGGAAAUGAAUAUGAACACGAGUUUAUAGGGAAGAUAGUUAAAGAGGUCUCCAACAAGAUAAACCGCAGACCUUUGCAUGUUGCAGAUUACCCCGUUGGGAUGGAGUGUCGAGUGCAAAAAGUGAAGUCACUUCUUCAAUUUGGAUCUGAUACUGGAGUCCACAUUGUAGGGAUUUAUGGAAUAGGCGGAAUGGGGAAGACAACGCUAGCUAGAGCAGUUUACAAUUCCAUUGCAGACCAAUUUGAAGGUUUAUGUUUUCUUGAUGGUGUGAGAGAAAACGCUGUUAAACAAGGGUUAGUACAUCUCCAAGAGAUGCUUCUUUCUGAAAUAGUUGGAGAGAAGGAUAUUAGGAUAGGAAGUGUAAGUAAAGGAAUUUCAAUAAUAAAGCAUAGGCUCCACCGAAAGAAGGUUCUUUUGAUUCUUGACGAUGUUGACAAACUAGAACAAGUUCGAGCAACUGCUGGAGAGCGUAAUUGGUUUGGUUCUGGCAGCAGAGUCAUCAUAACAACUAGGGACAAACAUUUGCUUCAGGGAGUUGAUGGAAAAUAUGAGGUAGAGGACUUAAAUGAGGAAGAAGCUCUCGAAUUGCUUAGUUGGAAUGCUUUUAAAGAUCACAGAGUUGAUCCAAGUUACAAGGACAUUUCAAACCAAGCAGUGGCUUAUGCUUCUGGCCUUCCACUAGCUUUGGAAGUAAUAGGUUCCUUGUUGUUUGGAAAAGGCACAAGAGAAUGGGAAUCUGCAUUAGAUCAGUUCAAAAAAAUCCCUAACAGAAGGAUCCAAGAAAUACUUAAGGUGAGCUAUAAUGCUUUAGAGGAAAAUCAACAGAGAAUUUUUCUUGACAUUGCUUGCUGCUUGAAAGGAUAUGAAUUGGAAGAGGUUGAAGAUAUACUUGGUGUUCAUUAUGGUGUUUGCAUGAAAUAUGACAUAGGAGUGUUAGUGGAUAAAUCUCUCAUAAAAAUUGAGAAUGGCUGUGUGACACUUCAUGAAUUGAUAGAAGCUAUGGGUAAGGAAAUCGAUCGCCAAGAAUCACCCAAAGAGCUUGGGAAACACAGGAGGUUAUGGUUCCAUAAAGAUAUAAUUCAAGUUUUAGCAGAAAAUACAGGGACUAGUGAUAUUGAAAUAAUCUGUUUGGAUUUCCCCUUAUUUGAAGAAGAUGAAGAAGUAUUUGUAGAAUGGGAUGGAGAGGCCUUCAAGAAGAUGGAAAACCUCAAAACACUAAUUAUUAGAAACUCUCAUUUUUCAAAAGGUCCAGCAUAUCUUCCAAAUAGUUUAAGAGUAUUAGAAUGGUGGACAUAUCCAUUACAGGAUUUACCAACUGAUUUUCAUCCGAGCAAACUUGCCAUAUGCAAAUUACCCAGAAGUUGCUUUACAUCACUUGAGUUAGCAACCAUAUCAAAGGCAUGUGUAAUGGGUUCAUUUCCACGAUCAUUCGAAGAUUAUUCUGUUGGUUCUUAUUUGUUUUCCCUUUUUCUUUUGCAGAAGUUCAUGAAUCUGACAGUUCUGAAUUUUGAUGGGACUGAAUGUUUGACAAAAAUACCUGACAUAUCCAGCCUCCAAAAUUUAGAAAAACUGACAUUUGAGUGUUGUGAGAAUUUAGUAGCAAUUCAUGGUUCUGUGGGUUUUCUUGAUAAACUUAAAAUCUUGAGUGCUUUUGGCUGCAGCAAACUUACGAGUUUUCCACCCAUCAAGUUGAUCUCUCUUGAACGACUAGAUAUUUCAUCUUGUUCAAGUCUUGAGAGUUUUCCAGAAAUAUUAGGAAAGAUGGAAAAUAUAACGCAGCUAGAGUUGAAGUACACUCCCUUAAAAGAAUUCCCAUUUUCAUUUAGAAAUCUUGCUCGGCUUCAAGAUUUGGUGCUGGUUGACUGCGGAAAUGUUCAGUUGCCGAGUAGCAUUGUCAUGUUGCCAGAACUGGCUGAGAUUUUCGCCCUGGGGUGUAAAGGGUGGCUAUUGCCAAAACAAGAUGAGAAUGAUGAAGAAAAAGUAAGCUUAGUGUCUUCAAAUGUAAAAUGUCUUUGUCUCUCGGGCUGCAAUCUAUCAGAUGAAUACUUUCCCAUGGUUUUAGCAUGGUUUGUUAAUGUGAAAGAGUUAGAACUAUCAAGCAAUAGCUUCACAUUUCUUCCAGAAUGCAUCAAACAAUGUCGCUCUUUAAAAUUACUUAACUUGGAUAACUGUGAGCAUCUUCGAGAAAUUAGAGGGACUCCACCAAAUUUAGAAUAUUUCUCUGCUGGAAAUUGCAAAUCCUUGAGUUUCUGUUGUUCAGCCAUGCUAUUGGACCAGGAACUGCAUGUGGCUGGAAACACUAUGUUUUGUUUGCCAGGAUCUAGAAUACCAGAAUGGCUAGAGCAACAAAGUAUAGGUCCAUCACUAUCUUUCUGGUUUCGUGAGAAUUUCCCUGUUAUGGAUCUGUGUUUUGUUAUUGGGCCAAUGGGUAAGGACUCUAUUUUGUUUAGACCAAUCAUGACCAUCAAUGGCAACACAAUGGAGAUACAGUCCUUAACUGAUAAGAGGUUUUGUUUUGAUUUCCCUGCAUUGGAUUAUCAUAUACUCAUCAUUGGUACAAAGUACAUGAAGUUUGGAGAUAAUCUGGAUAAACCACUCUCAAAAAAUGAAUGGAAUCAUGUGGUGGUUUCCAUUGCUCUUGAUUUUGAACCAACCCCUAAAGAGAUUAUUGUCAAGCAAACUGCACUCCAUGUAAUCAAACCAGAAAGUAGCAUGGAUGAUAUCCAAUUCACUGAUCCUUGUAACCAACCAUCCUUCAAAGAGAAGCAAAGAUUGGUUGACACUGUUGAUUGUCACAGACAGUUUAUGCAGCACCAAACCACUUUGGUUUCAUUGGAACCACAUGUGAGACAAGGCAGAAAUUCGCUUUCAUUGAUUCCACCUCAUGCAUGCAAAAAUAAUCUGAACUGGGAUUCAUUUUCAACUGGAACAAGUAGCAUUGCCAGUGUCCAGGAAUAUGAAAUUGCAUCAAAGAAGUUACGUUUGGACAUGGGAAUUUUGCAAUUUGUGCAGCAGCGGAAAAGAUUGGCUAUUUUGGGUUUACAACAACAACGACGCAUGGCUUCAUUGGAUUUACUGCAACGAAGGGGCAGAGAAUUGCUUUCAUUGCUUUGCUCUCCAUCAUUGGAGUUGAUGGUCUCAUGGCAGAGGAGAUGCAUCACCACUUUCCAAGGUUUGCAGGAGCAACAUUUACCUUCGACCAUCAAACAAAACUUUGAAGGCUGUAAUGGCAUCAAUGAAGCCAAAGUGAAUGAAGUGACAAGAUGCAAGAACAAUGAUGGAAAUGACAAUGAGAGAAACCCAUUAGUGGAACAGCUACUACUGAUAAAGUUUCCGAGGCCAAAACGAAUACCAGAAGAGCUCAUUACAAUGGAAUUUGAGGAAGCGCAUAACAAUUUCCUCGCUAUAAGGCUGUUAUAUAGACUUCUCGAAGAUAAUAGCAUCGCCUUGCAAAAUUCAAAUCCAAAGCAUUUGGUUGAGUGGGCACGAGAUUUAUUGAAAAGUUUACUGGAUGUUGCUGUUGAAAGUGUUUUUGAGACUCAUUUAAAGGUGCAUAUAUGUAUGGUUCACCAUUUUCCGGCAGGACCCUUCUUUUUUGGAUGGCAGGAAUCAAAUUCUCUAGUGGCAGCCAACAUUUCUCAAAGCUCAGUGAAAUAUCCAACUUGUAGUAAAAUGACUUCAGAGAAGGAUGAGCAGCCUCAGUUUAGAUUAAUUUCAAAGAAAAAAUUGCCAGAGCUGUCAAAGUUUAGUAUCUCAGAUGACGGAGGAACAAAAUGUAAAACAUUAGGCUGUAUAGGUGAGGAAAGCAGUACGAUGCAACAGAAUGCAGUAAAGGCAACAGGCCUGUCUGAUGAUAUUGACAGUUUGCCCUACACAGAGAGUAUCCAUAGCAAACAACAGCAAAAUGAUGUAAACCGUUUAUAUGGUGAUGGUGAAGAUGCAAAAGAAUCGUUACAGAUGUUUGAUGCAAAAGAUGAUGAGCAAAAUGAAGAGAAUAAUGUAAUAUUGCUGAACAGAAUCCAUGAAGCGCAAAGAAACUCUGAUGCUGCUGGACAGGUUGAACAUCUGAAUCAGAGGGGAGAGUUCUCUGAUGAUUUGGUCAAUGCAAUAAAAAGAAUUGAGUCUCGGAUUUUGGCUUUCCAAAUUUGUUCCAAUGUGAUGGAUUCCACUAAGAACAGUGCAGGUCAUCUUACUACACUUGAAGCAGCAAAUUCAGACGGUCCUGCAAUGCAGAGAAACAGUGGAGUUUCAGGAAGUCAGAUAAGCAGUGGAAAGUCCCUCUUGAAAGGACAUAGGUUGAUGAGUCAAAAAACAUUUAAAUCGAGUUGUAAGGAUGAAAAUUCGAUUGCUGAAAGUGCAUUUGAGGAACCCCUUUUUCCUGGAAAGGAAUCAUUGAAUCAAAGUCAGAUGGCAAAUCAGAACUUUUGCCUUCAAAAUAGUGCAGAGUCUGCAAAGAAUAUUGAUGUACCUAAGAAAAGUGGUACCCAGAUGGUAUCAAGAGGAGAGUGCUUGAGCAAUCAUGAAAGAAUUCAAAAUUCAGAACGAAACAUAGCUAUAGAUAGUGUUAAGCCAAUAGAUGGGUUAGUUAGCGGAGAUGCCUAUUUUGAGACUCGAGCUAGUAAGGGUAUUCCAGGUUUCAGGGUCCCUUUAAAUCAAGACAAUAAUAGUAAGAAACAUUCCAUGUUAUUAAGUAAAACAAACAGGGAAAAUUCAGCAAGAAAAAAUCCAGUGGCAUGGUCUAAGACUGAUCAGAAUCCGAGGGAAAUGAUUUCUGAAUCUUCCUAUACUCAGAAGUCAGCUAGAUCAAAGACCAUUAUUACAAGGAGAGAAAAACCACCACCUCAUCAGAUGGUAAUGAAACCAACCCUAUUGGAUCAGAAAUCCAGUGACAUUAAGGUAAAUUCCCAUAAACACAGAGGCAGGAGAAGGACUUUUAACACUAGUCAUCUUGAACCACGGAAUACAAGGGUUCUACAACAACAUUUUGAACGGGAGGAGUCAAGCUCAAGCUCUAGCUCUAAGUCUGACUCUGACUCUUCUUGCUGGAGUUCUCAGCAAGGUAGGGCCAAUAGUAGUAGUAUUGACUCUGAGGACUAUUCCUUGUCAGAUGGAACACAGUCUCCCUCAUCAUCAGGAAGGAUGGUGGAUGCUGCAUAUGAGGGCAGUUCAGAGGAGACUAUCAAUUCAUAUCUCGAGAUGGAUGAUGACCCUUCUCCUAGAUUAGGAAGUUUCAAAUCUUAUAGACAUCACGAUGAAAGAUAUCAUAAGGAAACAACUGGAAGACUAAGGAGGCUGAGAAAUAAGUUGGGACUAAUCUUUCACCAUCACCAUCAUCACCAUCAUCAUCAUGAUCAUGGUAACACUCAUUCUAGAGAAGGUCAUGGACCUACUACGUGGAAUCACUUGAAGAAUGUUUUCCACCAUAAAGACAAGCAUGGAGUGUUAACAAAAAAUGUUGAGAAGACAAAGGGAGGGCAUGCUGCAAAAGUGUUGUCCGGAAACCAGGUUGGGCAGUUUAAUAGACUUGCGGAAGGGUUACUGAGGCACAUCCGGCAUUCAAAGAAACCAAAGCCUCCCAAGUUUGAUGUGGUGAAACAGUCAAGGAAUAAGCCACAUGGACAUAAUCAGAAAAAGUUGCGUUGGUUGCAAAUGCUUCGAAAACAACGGGGAGUGAAGAUGAAAAACCAAUGCAGAACUAAAAUGGGGUUUAUGAGCCAAAACUCACUAAAGAAUUAUUGAUUGAUUUUGGUUGUGUCUAAGAAUAUCUUACCUCACAGCUAUUACCUCUCGGCUGGUAGUAUUCAAAAUUCUAUCAGAUUGUAUGUCCUCUGAUUUUCUUCUAUUUUGACUCUGUUGAAUGGAAGCUUUGUGACACUUGAAAUUCAUAGAUAUCGACCCGAUGAUGCAGCAUUUUGUAAGUGCAUUUUUAUCCGGAUUUUAUUAAUAUGUAUGUAUAAUUAUACUGGGUAUGCUUGUUAUUCUUGGUACUCAAAGUAGGGUCCCUGCAUUCUUUGUUUAUUUGAAAUUUUAGU